AUGCUUCGCCAUGCCAACACAUCGAUCAGCAAUCACGAGAAUCGCGACUCGACCGUCAUUCUCGAGCAGAAGCUCCCCCGCGCGUUUCGGAUUGCCAGUCCGGACGCCGAGAGGCGCAAUGGACAUGUGCAGAACUUCUACAAAGAAGCCGUCCAGCGCAGGAUCAAGCACAAGAACCUCUUGAUCGCCGCCGUCUCCGAGUUUUGUGGCACUUUCCUCUUCCUCCUCUUCGCAGAGGCCAUUGCUACGACGGUUUCGAACCGAGCCGAUCAGCUCAAGGCGCAGGCACCCAGUUCCGUGCCCGACCUACAAGGCCUUCUUUUUUCUUCGCUCGGAUUUGGCUUCAGUCUCUGCAUCUCGGUCUGGAUCUUCUUUCGAAUCAGCGGUGGUGUUCAGAACCCAGCCAUCACUCUGGCUUUGACUUUGGCGGGCGCCAUGGAUAUCUCGAAGUGCAUCUGCCUCACUCUCGCUCAAUUUGCCGGCGGCAUUACCGCCAGCGCCCUCGUCGCUUGCCUCCUGCCCGGCACCGUCAACGCGCGCACCACGCUCGGCGAAGGCGUGAACGUCGCUCAGGGCUUCUGGAUCGAGUUCUUCCUCACGACGAACCUCAUCUUCACCGUUCUGAUGCUCGCCGCUGAGAAGCACCGCGGCACCUUCCUCGCCCCCGUCGGCAUCGGCCUUGCCCUCUUCAUCACCCAGCUCUUUGGCCAGCCAUACACGGGCGCAUCAUGCAACCCUGCGCGCAGCCUAGGCCCCGAUGUCGUCACGGGCAAGUUCAAUGACUACACUUGGAUCUACUACGUGGCUCCCUACUGCGCCGCCGUCUUCGUCUGGGCUUUCUACUACCUGCUCAAGUGGCUCCGCUACGAGACGGCCGCAGAGGGCCAGGAUGACGACGGGCACGGAGUCGAAGCUAAGAUACAAGUGGUCAAGGAUGCCUACGGAAACGUCAUUGGUGCUCUCGAGUUUAUAUCCAAAGCGUGA